CGACUCAAUCGGUUGUUGGAGGGCUUACAUUGCGCUGCCAACUUUGUGUGCAUCAAGGGAAUAUACAAGCUUUGUUUGUGUGGCGUAAAUAAAAACAUUACAUAAUGCCGUUGUUGCGAUUAACGUCUGGCACUUUUGGCCAAAUACGCACCUUCGCUACGUCACCGGCGCUCAGCAAGAGAGUGAAGACCUUCGCGGUGUAUCGCUGGAACCCAGAUGAGCCGGAUAAGAAGCCAUAUACCCAAAAUUUUCAAGUCGAUUUGGAUGAUUGCGCACCUAUGGUGUUGGACGCACUGUUGAAGAUUAAAAACGAAAUGGACCCCACUCUGACCUUCAGGAGAUCCUGCCGUGAGGGUGUAUGUGGCUCCUGCGCAAUGAACAUCGACGGCACGAACACUCUUGCGUGCAUCAGCCAUAUUGACCAGAAUCUUUCGAAGCCUUCUAAGAUCUACCCUUUGCCUCAUAUGUAUGUUGUUAAGGACUUAGUUCCUGAUCUUAGCAAUUUCUACCGUCAGUACCAGUCUAUUGAACCCUGGCUUCAGCGUGAGAAGGAAGCUGUUAAAGGCAAGGAAGUUCAAUUACUUCAAGAUGUUGAAGACCGUAACAAACUUGAUGGUUUGUAUGAAUGUGUACUUUGUGCUUGUUGCUCUACAAGCUGUCCGUCUUACUGGUGGAACGGAGACAAAUAUCUGGGCCCGGCUGUACUAAUGCAAGCAUACAGAUGGAUUAUCGAUUCUCGUGAUGAUGCAACAGAGAAACGUUUAUCUAAACUCAAGGACACGUAUUCUGUAUACCGUUGCCAUACAAUCAUGAACUGCACACGUACUUGUCCUAAAGGCUUAAAUCCCGGGCGUGCAAUUGCUCAAAUCAAAACAUUGUUAUCUGGUUUGGUGAAGAAACAGCCACCGAUUAUGGACCCGGCAGGCUUACAAAAGGCAGCAACAAAUUAAACAUGGCAUUGCUAGACAAUUUGUACUUACAACGUAGGGUUAAAUUAAGAUUGAAGUGAUAACCUGGCUAAUACGAAUAUUAUGGUAUAAAAUGUACAAAAUGUACAUUAUUUUAAUAGAAAAUUUUUUUUAUGCAUGCUAGUGACACCAAAUUUUCUUUAUGUCAAAUUAUUUGUUAUUGAUACCUUCAUGGUAAAGAUUUUACUUGUAUUUACAUAAAAGUUAUCAUUUUCAAAAGGUAAUUUCAAAAACAAUAGCCAAAAUUUUUUAUUAAUUUAAAU